AUGGCUAUUUUGUGUGAUCGAGCUCUUUUAAUCCUCUGCUUUGCUGCACAGAUGUUUACGUUAAUCUGGUCCCAAACUUGUCCUCGGAGAUGCCAGUGCCCAGAGGAGCCCCCGAAAUGUCUCCCUGGGGUGCCUCUCAUUCUCGACGACUGCGCCUGCUGCCUCGUGUGCGCCCGCCAGAAAGGUCAAGUGUGUUCCGAAACGAACCCCUGCGACACACGUAAAGGCCUGCAGUGCGACUACGCCUCUGAGGACCACAAGAAGCCUGGUGUAUGUGUGGCUAAUGAAGGACAGGUCUGUCUUCUGGACGGGGUGGUCUACAAGAACGGCGAGAUGUUCUUCCCGAGCUGCAAGCACCAGUGCUUAUGCCGUGACGGGCAGAUCGCAUGUGUACCGCGCUGUAAUGUGGACGUCAUGCUGCCUGGGCCUGACUGCCCUGUGCCAAGGAGAGUGCAGGUCCCUGGGGAGUGCUGCGAGAAGUGGGUGUGUGAUCCCCCGGCGGAAGCCAGCGCACUGGGGGGCUUUGCUAUGGCAGCCUUUCGUCAAGAGGAUACCGUGAGCUUUGAUUCCUGGGACCCCAGCUUGAACUGCAUCGAACAGACAACGGAAUGGGGGGCCUGCUCUCAAACUUGCGGCACAGGUGUGUCCACUAGGGUCACCAACAAGAACCGGCGCUGCGAGAUGGUGAAGCAAAGCCGCUUGUGCAUGAUCAGACCCUGUGAGGACCAGCAGGACCAGACAGCGCUCACACUGCCAAAGAGAGGAAGUAGAUGCCAGAGGAUGGUGAGGGGCGACACAGCCGUCCACCUCUCCUAUAAGAACUGCGUCAGCGUGCAAGCCUACAAGCCGCGCUACUGCGGAAACUGCACGGACGGCCGCUGCUGCACCCCCCACAGAACCAAAACCGCCUUGGUGGAGUUCACGUGUGCGGGCAAUAAAACCAGUAAAAGGCCUGUCAUGGUGAUCCUGACCUGUGCGUGCCACAAUAACUGCCCACGGGAGAACGCCGUGUGGCAGCCUUCAGACCUGGCCUACAGCGGCAUGACGUCAUAGGUCUGCCACAGCUAAUGACUGUCGAUGGAAACAUUCCCUUUGGUUGGACAGCAGGACCAACUUGUUAACAUGAGUUGCAUCAACUUGAAACAACACUUAAUCCUUUCAUUUUUAGCACGUACAAAAUUUCAGAGGUGACGGCAUGUGGAAGUUCCUGUGCACACAUUAGAGUUAUAUCUACUAUUCUUUUUAGAAUGAAAAUCACUUAAACCUUAGGAAAUAAAGACGCUCCUCUUUUGGGGAUCACUUACAGAAUACUAUGUGCUUAUUGUUAACUCACAGGGGGUUCCUUAACCCUGUGCCUAUAAAGUACAUUAUUAAAAGUGCUGAUAUAUCAUUGACAUGUGACAAAAAGCUUUGUUGGACGACCAUGAUUGUGAAAAUAUAGCUUCAGGUGUGCUUUACACACUUGCUGCUAUAGUUUAUAUCACUGGAAGGGUUCAGAUGAAAGCUUGCAGGAGACAGUUUCCAAGUAGGAAAUGCAUUUUUAAAAUAGCCAGACUGCGCUCUAAACGAAAUGGCCCUAAAAAAAAAGGGCUCAACCUAUGAUCAGAGGUCAUUGUUGGGACUUUGUGUCACUUCUCACAUCUGCCUGCAGUCAUCUCCCUUGUUGCUUC